AUGACAAUCGACAUCUCAGACGGAGUUGCUACCGAUGGUAGUACCACAGAACCCGAGGCCAAGGAUUUCCACUAUGAGCCUGUGGGCACCCUUUGUGAUUUUCGCACCCUCUACCAAACAAAUCCCGAUGCAUAUGACGAACGGUCAUGGACCAAAGAAGUACCCCUGAACUUGCCUGAUCCCGUCGAGGAUGAAGAGUCGGCACAAUAUGCGCUUCUCGUGAGAAAACAGAAGUGCUAUGACGGACGCAGAAGCUUGUCGAUCCAUUCCAUUGUAGUGCAAAGCGAGCGUCUCAAGGAAUUCUUGAAAAAGGCCCUGAACAAUUAUCCUGGUGUCACACCGACCUUGGAGCGCCUCGAGUUCACAUUGCCUUUCCGACCUUUUGUUCAUCGAUGGGAAACAAUCGUCAAAUUGCGAGAUGAAGAGCGGGAUCCAACAACCAAGGCCCACGUGGAUCUGUUCUACUGCAUCAUGGAUGAGGAGCUCAGGGAUAUAAUUGGCCGCAAGAAGGACCUGGUUUCCAAAGGGGUCAUCACUCACGACUUGGCUUGGACCAUCCUGGAACCUCAAGAUGUGAUCCUUUCCUCUAUUGAGGGACCACAACGCGCGUAUUCGCUCACGCAAGCAUCGGAAGAAUAUGAGCCACCGGAAUAUACGUAUUUCGAAGUCGAAUAUGUUGGUUUCAACGGAAGCAAGUUCGGGUACUCUCACAGGGGGUUUGAUAUACCCAAAUUUUCGGGCACUAUACCAAUCACUUCAUUGCCAAUCUUCCCACUCAAAUAUCACCCAGAAAAAGAGGUCGUCCAAGACCUGUUGAUUGCACGGGGCAAGAAGUGGGAAGAGUACAAAGGGUACCAUUUCAAAUCCUAUGAAGAGGGUUCGGCCAGCACAAAUACCAAAGGGGACACCAAAUACCAUGUCAAGAAUCGCGUCAUCAUUGACACCGAGGCAUACAAGCUUUUUGGGUCCAUGGCCGGCUCAAUCAGCAUUCAUAGGGAGAUUGAUGGAGGACUAGAUGAUGCGCAGCGCCUCAUGGCAACUCCAAUGCUCUAUGGAUAUUCCCUGAAUGACAAGAACUGGCGUUCGUUUCACGUGGAUUGUUUGGAGGACAUUGAGUGGGAUGAGCAGGCCUUUGAGUCACUCGUCCUACCACAGGAACAACAGGGGCUCAAGGACGUGAUCUUGGCCGCUGCCAAGGCUCAAUCCAAAAAAGUGGAUACAUUUGACGAUGUCGUUCAGGGAAAAGGUCGGGGAUUCAUUAUGCAGCUCAGCGGUCCCCCGGGGGUUGGAAAGACCCUUACUGCGGAGAGCGUUGCUGAGGUCAUGAGGGUGCCUCUUUAUGUCAUGAGCGCGGGCGAUCUUGGAAUUGACGCUAGAGUGUUUGAAAACAAGUUGAAAGACAUCCUGCGGAUGAUUCCCAGGUGGGGUGCUCUUCUAUUGCUUGACGAGGCUGAUGUCUUCAUGGAAACCCGUGAUUCAACCAAUCUUGAUCGCAAUGAACUCGUCUCAAUCUUCCUGAGAAUGCUUGAAUACUACGAGGGUAUUAUCUUCUUGACCACCAACCGUACACAGAAUAUCGAUCCUGCCUUCGAGUCUCGGGUCCACCUUUCCCUCAGCUACAAGGAACUCGAUGCGGAAUCUAGGCGCCAGGUUUGGAAACAGUUCCUAAGCCGCUCAUCGAGCAUUAAUGGCUUUACAGAUGAGCAACUUGAUCAAGUAACCGAGUUGCAAUUAAACGGUCGCCAGAUCAAGAAUGUGGUCAAGACAGCCGGUCUCCUAGCUUGGUCCAAGGAACGUGAGCUUCAAUAUGAAGAUCUGAAGACAGUACUUGAUCUGAGAAAUUUGCAAAAGUAA